GCCGGGAAGAUGGUGGACCGCGAGCAGCUGGUGCAGAAAGCCCGGCUGGCCGAGCAAGCCGAGCGCUACGAUGACAUGGCGGCCGCCAUGAAGAACGUCACAGAGCUGAACGAGCCACUGUCCAAUGAAGAAAGGAACCUGUUGUCUGUAGCCUAUAAGAAUGUAGUGGGGGCACGGCGCUCUUCCUGGCGAGUAAUUAGUAGCAUUGAGCAGAAGACAUCUGCUGAUGGUAAUGAGAAGAAGAUAGAAAUGGUACGGGCCUACCGUGAGAAAAUAGAGAAGGAGUUGGAAGCUGUAUGCCAAGAUGUGCUGAGCCUGCUAGACAACUAUCUGAUCAAGAACUGCAGCGAGACACAGUAUGAGAGUAAGGUCUUUUACCUGAAGAUGAAAGGGGACUAUUAUCGUUACCUGGCUGAGGUGGCCACAGGAGAGAAGAGGGCAACUGUGGUGGAGUCUUCGGAGAAAGCCUAUAGCGAAGCCCAUGAGAUCAGCAAGGAGCACAUGCAACCAACUCAUCCCAUUAGGCUUGGUCUGGCACUUAACUACUCCGUUUUCUACUAUGAGAUCCAGAAUGCGCCUGAGCAGGCCUGCCACCUGGCCAAGACGGCUUUUGACGAUGCCAUUGCUGAGCUGGACACCCUCAACGAGGACUCCUACAAAGACUCAACGCUCAUCAUGCAGCUCCUUCGUGACAACCUAACGCUCUGGACAAGCGAUCAGCAAGAUGACGACGGUGGAGAAGGCAACAAUUAG